AUGUCCAAAGAACAAGCAAAACAAUCCGUAUCCAAAGCAACAGAUGUUGCUACUGAUAUCAAUAUUGAUGAUGAUCAGGAAAACAACAUCAGGUCUCAAUUCAUUAUAGUUUCUGAUAAUUCAAACUCAAAGAUUGAAACUCAUAACAAUGAUGAACCUGUCAUAAUAUCGAAUGAAAUAUCAUUGAUUUCAUCAAUAACAGAAAACGAAAAUAAUGAUAAAAAACCAAAUAAAAAGAUACCUCAAAGUCAAUCUGUUUCUGAAACGGCCGUGAUUAUGAACAGUAAUGAGACUCAUACAGAUAAGCUAUCUAUUGUUGGUAAUAAAAAGAGCACAUCUUCAAGUCAACCGAAUAAAAAGAAGCAUGGUCCUAGUGCUAAAAUGUUGAAACUAAUAAUGGAAGCUCAAGAAGUUCGAAAGGCAGCUGAAAAAAGAACUGAAGAAAAAGCGAAAGAAAAGCAGCGUUUAGAAGAAGAACGCGAACGAUUAGAGCAAGAAAAAUUGCGCUCCGAAAGAGAGAAUCAGGAAAAAAUGAAACACACAGAAAACAAGACGGCUCAAUUGAGACACAAGGCUGUAAAUCCAACAAGAAAACAACGAGAUAAAUUGCAACUUGCGCAGAUUCAGAGUGAAACUGCUGGUGUUCAAACACUGGCACACGAAGUUUCUCCGCCGACAAUAUCAAAUAAUGGUGAAUCAGUUAAAAAGAAAAUAAUCUAUGCUAAUCAACCAACAAAAACUAAAAUAUUAUCGAAUACUUCAACGCAAUCCGAUGCAGUACUGAUUGAAUCACAGGAUAAACCAUUGGUUGUUGAACAAAACGACAGAUCAACGGAUGAAUGGGAACAAAAUUGUGACAAUACAAAUAUUUCUUAUGAGAAUCGAUCGAGUUUGGCAACGUCUCGAGAAAAUAAUAAUGAUCAUCAAUUACAAAGCAAUACAGAUUUAGCGAUGCAGUCACAUAGUUCGGAAAUAAAACCAAUAGAUAAAACAGAGAACGAAAUUGAUCAAUCUUUAUCAGUUCUGGAACGUUUACGCCGUCGCCUUGAACAUCAUCAUGAACUAUGCGAAAAUCAACGCUCAACUGAAGUACUCCGAGCACCUGUUAUCUGUGUUUUGGGUCAUGUUGAUGCUGGAAAAACAACCAUUUUAGAUAAUUUACGACAAACACACGUUCAAGAAAACGAAGCUGGUGGUAUAACUCAACAAAUCGGUGCAACUAAUGUUUCAUCAGAAACUAUCUAUAGACGAACUGAAAUGUGUCGGGAAAUGAUAUCUCGAGAAGGUGAUUUUAUUGUACCCGGCCUUCUGAUUAUUGAUACACCUGGACAUGAAAUAUUUAAAAGCUUACGAUCACGCGGUUCAUCUCUUUGUGAUUUGGCUAUUCUUGUUGUUGAUAUAAUGCAUGGUGUAGCACCUCAAACUAUUGAAUCAAUUCAUUUACUACUUGAACGACAAACACCAUUUAUUAUUGCUCUUAACAAGGUUGAUCUAUUAUAUGACUGGAAAAGCAAUAACAAAAAAAGUAUUGAACUUGUUCUUCAAGAGCAACAACAAAUAACACAAAAUCAUUUUGAAAAAUGUUAUAAGACUAUUAUUUGUCAAUUUGCAGAACAAAAUCUGAAUGUAGCACUUUACUAUGAAAAUCCAGAUCCAAAUGAAUAUUAUUCAAUGGUACCAACAUCAGCACGCUCUGGUGAUGGAAUGGGCUCAUUAAUUGCAUUGAUUAUUGAAAAAUCUCAAACAACGUUGUCAAGACGUAUAUCAUACACCAAUGAAUUACAAGCAACUGUUAUGGAGGUAAAAGCCAUUGAUGGUUUCGGUAUGACCAUCGAUAUAGCUCUUGUCAACGGAUGCUUAUCUGUUGGUGAUAAAAUUGUUAUUGCGGGUCAAGAAGGUCCGAUAGUCACUCAAAUUCGUAGACUACUCAUACCUGCAUCUAAUCAAGAGCUACGCACUACAAAUCAAUAUCAAAAUGAGGACACAAUAAAAGGAGCCCGUGGUAUUAAAAUUGUUGCUAGAGGUUUAGAAAAGGCUAUGGCUGGUUUACCAUUAUUUGUUGCUCGACAAACAGAUGAAACCGACUUUUAUAAAAAUGAAAUUGGCAUAAUACUUAAAACAGCACUCAAUUCAAUUCAAUUAGAAGACAAAGGUGUUUAUGUUCAAGCGUCAACAUUAGGUUCAUUAGAAGGUCUUCUUCAACUUUUAAAAACAUCGAAUAUUCCCUAUUCUGGAAUUAACAUUGGACCUGUCCAUCGGAUAGAUGUUAUGCGUGCAUCAGCUCAACUUGAAAAAGAUGUAUUGAUGGCAACUAUUCUAGCAUUUGAUGUACAAAUUGAAAAAGAAGCUCAAGAAUAUGCUAAUAAGAUUGGAGUGAAAAUAUUUCAAAAUGAUGAAAUAUAUCGUUUAUGCGAUAUGUUUCUUGCCUAUCGAAAGAAUAAGAAAAACGAUGAUAAAGAGAAUUUUCGACAUCUUGCUGUGUUUCCAUGCAAAUUGAAGAUUUUGCCACAAUAUAUAUUUAAUGCACGUGAUCCGAUUAUUUGUGGUGUACUAGUUGAAGAUGGUUUCAUUACAAACGGUACGCCCAUAUGUGUUCCAUCGAACAAUGGCAUCAAUCUUGGUCGUAUUGAUGGUAUUCAAAAGAAUGGUAAACCAUUAGAUAUAGCACGAAAAGGCUCGGAAGUAUGCAUCAAAAUUGUAUCAAUGCCAGGUGAAGCACCAAAAGCGUAUGGUCGACAUUUUGAUAAAGAUGAUAUUUUAAUGAGUAAAGUAUCUCGAGAAUCAAUCGAUAUACUUAAAGCUUAUUUUCGUGAAGAAAUGCAAGAAAAAGAUUGGAAAUUAAUCAUUGAAUUGAAAAAGAUAUUUGGUAUCAUUUAA